AUGCUAUUAAAAAGCAUUUUUCCAUUAAUUAUUAGUCAACGAUCAAAUUGUUAUCGUAGUUCAAUAACAAGAUUUUCCCGAGAUAUUUAUUCUCGACUUUAUUUUAAUUAUCUUGUUCUACCUGAUGGAUCAACGAUUCGUAUAAGAUAUACGGAACCGAGACAUCUCGUUAAAUUACCAGUUGAUAUUGCAAGUCUAUCCGAAAAAGAACAAAAAACACGUUUACUGCGUCGAUCGGCUGUACAAAAAGAUAAAAUGGAAAUUUCAUUAGAUACUUCUUACGAUCCAUCAGCUUAUUUGAAUCAGUAUACAAAAUAG